AAGGCGACGCCCGCAAUGGACGGCAAGGCGACGCCCGCAAUGGACGGCAAGGCGGCGCCCGCAGGGCACGGCAAGGCGGCCCCCGCAGGAGACGGCGAGGCGGCGCCCGCAGGAGACGGCGAGGCGGCGCCCGCAGGAGGCGGCGAGGCGGCGCCCGCAGGAGGCGGCGAGGCGGCGCCCGCAAUGGACGGCGAGGCGGCGCCCGCAGGAGACGGCGAGGCGGCCCCCGCAGGAGACGGCGAGGCGGCGCCCGCAGGAGACGGCGAGGCGGCGCCCGCAGGGGACGGCGAGGCGGCGCCCGCAAUGGACGGCGAGGCGGCACAAGCAGGUGAAGGCAAGGCGGCACAAGCAGGUGAAGGCAAGGCGACGCCCGCAAUGGACGGCAAGGCGGCCCCCGCAGGAGACGGCAAGGCGGCGCCCGCAGGGGACGGCAAGGCGGCGCCCGCAGGGGACAGCAAGGCCGAUAUUCAGAAGACCGAACAGGAUAGUAAGAAGCCGAACACUCAGGAGUCUAAGGAAGAAGAAGGACGAAAAACCAAUAAUAUAGAACCAGUACAAGAAAGAAACGCACGACCCUCUGACAGUAGCAAGAAGGACGCAGAGAGCAGCCACUUCUUUGCCUAUCUUCUCUGUGCUGUUAUAGUGGUGGCCAUACUCUACAUCGCCAAUUACAACAGGCGCAAGAUCAUUGCUUUUGUUGUUGAGGGCCGAAGAGCACGAGGAUACCGGAGACCAAACACAUCUGAUUACCAAAAACUCGUUCAGGAUUGAGAAAGUCCAGUCACAGUUUGGUGGAUGAAUCGAAUGAAUAACUGUGACCUUGAGAAUCUUGAAAUGAUCCAUCAUCAGGCAAACAUCACCACACCAAUUAUCAUUAACUUCUACUGUUUAUAACCUAACGUUAUAUUAAUAAUGAUCAUAACUGUUCAGGACAUGUCCCUGCCAACAGGUACAGUAUGUUGAAAUUGUAGUCUGUUACAGUUCUUGGAGUCUUUAGAUCUUCAAAAGUGCUACACAAACACGAAGUUGUUCUUGAUGUUUGGUUACAUCAGUAGUCUGUUUUUCUGUUCUUUUGAGUAUUGAUGGUGGGUCGCAUUGUUUUCUAUGUAUCGUUUUAUUCAAAUCUAUUUCUAGAGUAACAGAGAAGAUAUAUACAAUCUGUAUAUUUUUUUAAGGGAUAUAUUUGUUGCUUUCUCAUGACUAUGAAAGUUGUUUUAGGGGAAUGAAUGAGGGUUAUACCAGGAUCUGUCCAUCAGAGAUGAUUUAUUUUCUUAUACAAGGACUCAACGCAUACAGAAUGAAAAACUAUAUGCUGGAGAGUGAGUCAAUCUCGAAUUCUCCUUACAUUAUAUAUUGUCAUUGGAUUGUACCACCCCCUAUGCUAUUCUAUCAAAACAACUCCUUAUUAGGUGUCUGGGUGUUUAAAAAUUAUUUUACUUGUCAGCUGAGUCUAAGAAGGUAGAACAUGAGUUUGCUAUGCACAUCUUCACACCUAUAUUAAAGGAAUAGUCUACCAUUUUGCCAUAUUAAACUAUGUUAUUACCUCUAC